AGUCCCAGGUGGCUCUGUAGGCAGGAAUGCAGGUCUCACCCACACACUGAGCAGGGCGCCUUUGAAGAGAGCACCUGGCUUGGAUAGAGUGACUUCCAUUCACUAAAACAAUGUGCCUGAACUGAAGAAGCUGAGGCUCACUUCCACAGAUGUGGGAAAAUGGUAAUCUGUGAAAUAGCCCAUUUUUGGUCAGGAGGAACUGCACAAAGUAGAGCUGAAGGAAAUUUGAUUGACAUGGAAGGAGAAAACCUCUCAAAAAAUUGCAAUAUUACAGAAUGGCAAGACCCAGGCUUGCUUUGCAAUUGUCCAGAUGCUGUCCCUCUUCACGAUGACAAGGCUUUGAAAGUUACAAAUCCAUUCUGGAAGGAACUAUCUGCUUCUAACCCAUUUCUGGAUGAUAUAACUCAGAUAAGAAAUAACCAGAAGAAAGAGAAUAUCUCCAUUUUGAAAGAAGAUCCUUUUCUUUUUUUAAGAGAAAUUGAAACUGGAAAUUCUUUUGAUUCCUCUGAUGAUGAACUUGAUGUGCAUCAGUUGCUCAGCAAGUCUCCCUUAAGAAAAUCAGGAAGAUCCAAAAGUGUUUCAGAACUUCUGGGCAUUUUAGAUGACACCACGAGUACUCAUCAGAGUAUGCAAGACUGUGACCAAAUCCUAGCACAAGACUUAGAAUGGCUUCAAAAUGAUCGAGAGGCUUAUAAAAUGGCUUGGUUAAGUCAACGCCAAUUGGCUCGCUCCUGCUUGGAUUUGAAUACAAUGAAUCAGAGUCCUGGAUGGGCCCAAACACAAGUUGCAGAGACAAUCACAGUUUGUAAACUCAACCACCAAGGAGGGUCCGUACAGUUACCUGAGUCAGACAUCACUGUCCAUGUGCCCCAAGGUCAUGUAGCUGUGGGAGAAUUCCAAGAGGUAUCUCUAAGGGCAUUUCUUGAUCCUCCACAAAUGCUUAAUAAUGAUCUUUCAUGCACUGUAAGCCCUCUGUUGGAAAUCAUGUUAAGCAACCUUAAUACAAUGGAAGCUGUUUUGUUAGAAAUGAAAAUUGGGGCUGAAGUAAGAAAGGAUCCUUUCAGUCAAGUGAUGACAGAAAUGGUGUGCUUACACAGCCUGGUCAAAGAGGGUCCUUUCAAAGUAUUAAACAACUGCUAUGUUUAUAAAGACACCAUCCAAGUCAAGCUGGUGGACUUGAGUAAGGUGAUGUAUCUAGUGAUUGCUGCACAACCUAAAGCUAUUCAGUCAUCACCUGCCACCAUUUGGGAUUACAUUCACAAAACCAUCUCAAUUGCAAUUUAUGGCCCCAAAUACAUCCAUCCCAAUUUCACUGCUAUUUUCACAGUUUGUGGACAUAGCUAUAUUCCAGGAAAGCUUACAAUCCCUGAUAUUAAAAAGGAUGGAAAAAGCACAUCUCCUGUUGUAUUUCAGCUCUGGGGAAGGCAUUCGUUUUUGCUUGACAAGCCGCAGGAUUUAAAUAUUUCUGUGUUUUCAUGUGAUCCUGAUUUUGAAGUAAAAGUGCAAGAAGAUGGGAAACAAAUUAAACAAAAGCAGUUGGAAUCAGGUGAGGUGGUUCAUCAACCAGUUUUCUUUUCUUUAGUGGACUGCAGAGAGAUGCACUUGUUUGUUUUCCGUGUUCAGGUGGAGCCUCCUAAUGGUAGACCAGUUGCACAGUUCUUUAUCACUUCACCUGAUCCGGCUCCCAACCUAAAAAGGCUCUCAAAUCUGCACAAGGAGAAAGAGGAAAAGUCCACGCCUUUAUUCUCAUCAGUGCUUGUUAAAUAUCCCACAUUCCAAGAUAAAAAAUUGAACUUUACCAACUAUGGGGUAACCCUGAAGACAGUGCUCAGACAAAACAAGAUUGACUACUUUCUGGAAUAUUUCAAAGGGGACACGAUAGCUCUUCUUGGGGAAGGUAAGGUAAAGGCCAUGGGGCAGUCUAAAGUGAAGGAAUGGUAUGUGGGAGUCCUCAGAGGGAAGAUUGGACUUGUGCACUGCAAAAAUGUCAAGGUGAUUUCAAAAGAACAAGUCAUGUCUGUGUCUGAUAGUAUCUUUACAACCAGGAAUCUUCUUGAGCAAAUUGCCCUGCCCUUUAAAAAACUGACUUAUAUAUAUUCAGUUGUAUUGACCUUGGUGUUAGAAAAAGUUUAUGACUGGAAAGUUUUAGCCUGUGUCCUGGGGUACUCUCAUCUGGCACUGGAAAACUUUGAUCAAAUGCAAGCAGACAAAGAAUCAGAAAAGGUUUCUUAUGUUGUCAAGAAGCUAAAGGAAGAUUGCCAUGGAGACAGAAAUACAAGGAAGUUUCUUUAUGAACUUAUUGUGGCUCUGCUAAAGAUCGACUGUCAAGGGUUGGUAGUGCAUCUUCUCCAAGAAGCUGUUAUUCUGACUUCAGCUGUCAAACUUGGAAAAGGCUGGAGGGAACUUGCUGAAAAGUUAGUAAGACUCACCAAGCAACAAAUGGAGGCAUACGAAAUUCCUCACCGUGGAAAAACUGGAGAUGUUGCUACCGAGCCUCUUCCUUGCUCUCUGCCUUCCAUCAGCAUGAGGUGAACAGAUCUCCUCUACCAGAUGCUCUCACCAUGAUGUGCUGCCUCAUCAGACACCUAAAGCAAUAGAGCCAGCCGACCAUGGACUGAAAACUCUGGCAACAUGAGCCAAAAUCAGUUUGUUGUUCUUAUAAGUUGAUUUCUCAGGUAUUUUCUGACAGAAACCUCACUAACACUUGGGGAGCUUUAGAAUUAUUGAUGCGAGGCUUCACUGUAGAUGAAUUAAAUUAGAGUCUUCUGGGUGUCGGAACAAUAAUUGGGGUUUUUAAACUACCUAAUCAUUUCUAAUUUCUAACAUUGUACUUUCACCUAUAGACUCCUGGGAGGAAAAGGAAGGUAACUCUCAAAUCCUGUGUUAUUUAUUUACACAUUUUAAGAAAAUAUGUCACUAUUUAAUCUGAGGAAAUGGAAAAGUUAUUUCUCUGGAGAUCAGAUAAAUUAGAAUUAUCAAGAUGGUGAAAAACUAAAAAACUAAAAAAGAUAGAGGAAACAGGUAAGCAAGGAGCCAUACAGCAUCCGGUUACGUAUGACUGGAUGAUAACAGAAAUUGGAAAUGAAAUCCAGACCUAAAUAAAGGUUCUGAAAAUAGAGGAGAUGAAUUGUGUGAGGAAAUUCAAAUAUUAAUUUGGAAUUGAAAAGGUGAAAUUUUUUCAUUAAAAUUUAAAAGUUGAAUUUGGUUUGUAGGGAGAAAGAAGAAGAGUAUUCCUUAGAAUUCUCCUAGGGAUAAAGAAAAGAAGUAGAAGAAAGGGGGGAGCAGAGACACUUACAGUAUUCUAAAGUUUCAUAUCCUAGGAGGGACGUCACUAGGGAAAAGAGAAUUUUGAUGGAGAACACUGUCAUCUUAUUUUCAUAUAGAGGUAGGUGUUUUUGUUGUUGUUGUUGUUGUUUUCUUUUUAAAUAAGCAUCAAGGAAGGUGUCUUAGUCAGUUUUUUUGUUGCUGGGAGCAAAGACCUGACAAGAAUGAUUGUAGAGAAGGACAAGUUGACUUGGGGGGUCAUGGUUUCAAAGGUCUCAAUCCAUAGAUAGCCAACCCCUUUCCUCAGAGCCUGGGAUGAGCAGAAUAUCAUUGCAGAAGAGUGUGGUGAAGGAAAGCAGCAGGGAACACGGCAUUAGAAUGGAGAGAGGGAGAGGAAAGAGAUUGAGACGGAAAGAGAUAGAGGGCACUAUCCCCUCACCAGACAAAAUAUAUACCCCUAAGUCACUCCCAAUUAUCUACCUCCUCCAGGCACACCCUACCUGCCUUCGGUUACCACCCAGUUAAUUCCUACCAGGGGAUUAAUUCACCAAUUGGAUUAAUGCUCCCCUAACACAACUAUUUCACUUCUAAAUCUUGCAUUAUCUUGCACACACGUGAGCUUUUGGGGGACAUCUCACAUCUAAAUCAUGACAAAAGAAAAGGUGAUCAUGAUAGGCAUGGGAAAUAAGAUGUAACUGCUAAUAUAGGAAAUAAAAUGCAAUUUGUCCCAAAGAGCAAAAUAAAUCAAAGGACAUUUGCAGUCCUUUAAUUUGCUUUCUAGCUUCUUAGAACACAUAAUACAUCUAAAAGGUUAUCUUUCUACCUGAGCAUGAGGUAGUCUAUUGAUAAUGUAUUUCUAGAUAUUUUUCUUCUUACACACUAGCCGCCUCAUUGCUCAGUGUCAGAGAACAUAUCAUUCUCCCUGUGUGGUGACAUCUCAGUCCUCAUAGAGUAAAAAUUCCCUUGCCUUUUCUGAUUUGUGUUUACAUCAGAAUGGUAGGGCAAGUUCUUGUACACAUCUCAUAUGCUGUGGCAGAAAAGCCCCAGGGGCAAAGGUGAGCAACUUAAUAAUAGUGCAGCUGAGGAGAAAUUUAUAAAGUUACACUUCCUGGAAUUCAGUCAUCUAGAAACCACUGGAAUAAAACAUUGAGUUGAGGGAUUUUGAUGUGACAAACAAGAGAUAUCUGAUAACAGUCCACAUGAUUUACACCUUUAUUACCUGUUCAUGACUUCCAUUAAGUGCAGACUGAGUCUUCAAGUUGGUGCUGCUGUAAUCUCUAUAAAAGAAUUAACUUGAAAGAGUUAGUUAAAUAGCUACAGAUCUUUCUACUGCACCUAGUCCCAAUGUUACAAUUAUAUCCAUUAUAUCCCUGUAUUGUACUUUCAAGUACUUUAACAGGUCCAGGUUCUUUGCCUGGAGCGUGGCCAGACUGAUACUGCUAAAAGUUGAAGCCUUCAGCUGCUUUAUUCUUCUUGAGUGAUAGAUGUCAUAACCAGCCAUUUAUAGUUAUCAUUACUCAUGGAAACAUAAAGUAACUUAAAGGAAGCUUUCUAGAUUUGUAGAUGUCCUAAAUUGUAUCCCUAUUGUAUAUCUGGAAACUCCUUAGUAUUUCAGAGUGGUAACUUUUAUUUUCAGCCUGGCUAUUCACCAGUGUAGGUUUAGGUUCAAUGCAGUACUUAGUCUCUUCCCUGGUAGAAGCAUCUUCCAUGGGUACAAGGAUUUCUACCCCAUAAGCCCAAUAUUUCAGAGAUGGGAAGCAAAAUGUCUGCAAGUGCUGCACUGGCAAUGAUGCUGAGAAGGGUCAGUCCUUCUUGCACCCCUUGUUUCCUGGGCCCAUGUACCUCACUGUUAGACACACAGUGUCAGGCACUGGUAUCAAGCCAGUGCAUACAUCCCGUGCUAGAAGACAUCUUCCCUCUGGGUCUCAACUUUGCUGCUGAUGGCUUAUUGGAUAUUUAGUAAGCUUUUCAUCCCUUAAAUAGGCAUAUGCCACUGGAUGAUGCCACAAGUAGGAGGACCUUUGGUCAUGUGACCAGUGUUUCGACUUUAUCAUGACAUGUGUCUCUUGGAGUGAGGCAAUGUAAUGUGGUAUCUCAAACUAAUAAAUUAAGCAUUUUGUAAGCCCCACGUGUUGGUGCUGUUAGAGCCACUAGAAGUGGGAAGGAAAAGCUAUCUCCAGAACAGGUGCCUCUUCAUUAAGGAUGAAUUACUGUCCCCUCUAGGAAUGCCAUAGUUCAAUAAUACUUCAUACUUGGUGUCAAAAUAAACUUUUGUGACAGACCUCUAAAUUCCCAUAAAUAAGUUUAGUACAUAGUAACUAAAUCAUCAUCAAAGUUUCUGAACAUCAUCAACGACAUGGCCAUAAGAGACUGAUUACUGGGGCAUUUCCAUGCAGUUCAGUGUUGAAUACAUUCAUCAUAGAGCAAUUUGACAGUUGCAAAAAUAGCAGAAUCAAGUUCUGCAAAUCCAGUUGAUGUUUGUAUGUUCCUUUUUGCUACUCGAGCGCCACAAUCUCAUCAGAGACAUUAAAUGAGGGAAGCAAUAAUUGCUUCAUUAACUGCAGCUGCUGAUGUUGAGUCACCUACAAUUAUAUAAUUAUAUACAUACACACAUAUCCACUUUUACUGGAUAAAUGUUUACUUAAUAUUUAUUUGAUCAAACUUUAUUAAGAGUUCACUGUGUGGAAACAGACACAGGCUCAUGUGCAGGCAUGGCAAUGUAUCAGAGAGAUAGAAUCCUAGUCUCUAGAAGAGAAGAUCUAAUCAUGAAAGAAAGAGCUUAAUGCAUGGAUUGGAUGGUGGCUUGUCUUGUAGAUCAUUUUGUCCUAUAGGUGGGUGCAGUGCUUAAAAAUAACUCAGUCUGCAAGUAGAAGAAUAACCUUGACCUUGAUGAAAAACUCAUUGCUCUGCAAACUCUGUUGCUACCCAAAGCAACAUAUAUCUUUCAAAGAUUUCUCAAAUGAGAAUAUAUAUUCAUCCAUAUUGACAAUAAAAUAGGCACAAAAAUAUGGAAGAGGAUAAGAGAAGGCUGUUGGAUGUUGGACCACCUAGACUAGUCUUCUAAUUUUCUUAUUUUCCAUUUAAUUUUCUUCUUGUAGUUUCCAAGAACAUUUCCUGAAUUUUAUGUGCCUACCAUUCACCUUCUGUUGACUUUUCAUUUCUAUUGGCAUAUAUUUUUAGUUCCCAAGAAUUCUUAUUUGUCUAUUUCAUUUAUAUUAAAACAAUUUAAGCAAUAUCUUCUCUUAUCUCUGCAUAUAUUAAUGAUAUCAAUGUUUCUUUAUCCCGAAUAAUCUCUAUUUCUUCUAGUUGGAGUUUUCUACCUUUUUGAUUGUAUAUAUCACUAUAAUCCAUAUUAAAGUUAUGUCUCUCAAACAUCAGUUAAAAUUUGGCAUUCUUCUUACAAAUAAAAGUAGGAGACAGCUGUGUGUGGUGGCACAUGGCUGUAAUCCUAGCAACUCAGGAGGAUCACAAGUUCAAAACCAGCCUCAGGAAUUUAGCAAGGCCCUAAGCAACUUAAAGAGACCAUCUCUCUAAAUUAAAAAUAAAAAAGGGCUGUGAUUGUGUCUUUGUGGUUAAGUACCCUGGUUCACUCCCCAGUAUUAAAAAAAAGUAGUAAACAAAAAAUUGAUUACAAUCUCUGUGAAAUUUGGUUUCUCUCAAGGUUUUUUUGAGUGAGUCAUUCUUGAGGAACCCCUAAGGUUAACAUCUUCAGACAGUGGGAUUGCUUGGAAUUGUGAGUUCCAGAAUUGUGGAUUCCCUGAAGGAGAGGGGAUGGUUGUGCAUUCAGUAUUUGGAAUGUCAGUGGUCACCUAAUCUUCUAAUUUCAGUAAUCUCCAAAAUUAUCCCAAAUCCCCAAUACAGGGACAUUUUUCACCUGUGCCAGAGACCAAACCUCCAGACUUUGGGGGCUGAAGGACAAUUACCCAGAUGCAUGUUGUAAGAAAGGGAUCCAGCUUCUUUGUGUUCACUAUCCCAAGAGCCUUUACUUACUUUCACCCUUGUUGGUACCCCUAUAUUUUUUAAAAUACAAAUUGUGCUGCAUUGUUGCUUUCCCUAUUGCCAACUUUAAUUUUGGCCUUCUUGGGUUUUCAAAACCAGUUAAAUUUGUGUGAAUUAGGAUGACACAAGUCCCACUUGGAGAAUGCAGAAUAAAGAGCUGGGUUUUAUCUCCCAGUGGACUUCAUCCCAGUUUCUGUCAUAUGCAUUGACCAUGGGCACCACAGCCUCAUCUGCUCUUUAUCACAUUCUUGUGAUUUUUUGCAUUUUUUAUGACAUCUCUUUGUGAUAACUUACAUGUGUCCCUCCACCCCUGAUGGAAGCUAUAUUAUACAUAUUUAUUUGAUCUGCCAUCAUAAGUCAGAAAUGAUAUUUAGAAAAGUUUAAAAGCCAGAUAAAUGCAAUAUUCUAAAAUCAUUUUCACAACAGAUCUGCUUAGAAAUUUGUACUCUAUUUCUGGGACUAAAUGGAAUUAUCUGGUCAUAAUUCUUAAGACAUAUCAUGUAGCAACUGAGAUCAAAAUAUUGCUGCAUAAGUAACCCUGAAGAGCAUGCCAUUUGCAGACAGCAAAUUCGAAACCACAUACUUGGUUUGAAUUGGAUAAUAUUCAAGCUUAGAUGUCAGUGAGGAUAAGUUUGAUAUUUAAAACUAAUUAAGGAGUUGUGCAAAUUUCACAUAAAUAUAUUACUCAGCACAUCCUGCAAAGUUCAGUAAUUGUAGAACAUUAUUCAUCUCACUUAGUGACCUCUCAUUCCGGGGUGAAAACAGAGAUUUCUUUAUUUUCAAUGAUGGAAGCCAGGAACUAUUUCAUCUUAAGCUAAGUGUUUUUACACUCUAGAUUUUCUAAUGGGUUGGAAAUUAGUAAAUCACAUGGCACUCUACAUUUUCUUUUUGCUAGGGAGGUAUAGGUAGGAAUACAUAAUAUAACUUGAUUCUGUAGUAAUCAGAGGGUCGAAAUAUUUGCUAGACAGAAGAGCUUUAUAAAACACAUUUCUUUCCUCUCUUUUUUCCUGAGGAUUAGAAGUGCUUUGGGGACCAAUCCCCCUACCCACAGCUUCUAUGUGACAUUACCUAUUCCUGACUCUACAGUGGUCAGAUCCCUCACACACACACACACAGAAAGUUGACUUCCUGCUAGAGUAGCCGAUCUACUCUACAAAAAAAAUUUGUUUUUGUUUUUGUUACUAGGGAUUGAUUGGGCAUCUGCAUUGUUUCUUUAUAAUGAAUAUGAAAUCUUUUGACACCACAAUUCAGGGAAAACUUGCUCAUCUGUGUUCCAUGAUCUCUAUAGGUCUUACCUAAGUGCAAUAUCCCUAGCCAAAUAAAAUUUAUCAAAGUAUGACUUAGAUUUGCAUCACUUUCUUCUUAAAGCCUUCUGCAGUUUCUUGUCACCUAUCCAUUAAGCUCUUUUUCCAUUAACUUAGCUUCUGUAGCUCUCAGGAUUUGCCUUUAGUAUACCUUUACCAUUUAUAAUCUAUAUUUCCACCAAGUCAUAUAGCUUACUAUUCUCUAAACAUGUUGUAAAAUUCCAUUGAUUUGUAUUUACUAAGCUUGUCAUGUGGAGAUUCCUUCUCUCCCCUUCCCAUUUAUAGCCAAUAAGUAUUAUUCAGCAAUUAAGUCCUCAAUAAAAGGCCACUAACUUGAACCUGUUCUUUUUCGUUACAAAUUUCACAUUACAUUUGACCUCUGUGAUAUAUACUGUUUAAAUUUCCCAUAUUCAUUUGUUGCCUUAGGCAAAUACUUUCUUUUAAAACUAUCUUUGGUCCUGAGUCAGGAGCCUGGCAAAUAGUAGAUAUAAGAUUAAAGUAGAUGUAAGUAUAAAGUAAAGAAUAAUUCUUUCUGAAAUGAGUGACAUACUGAGUGAGCCUUUCUUUUUUGGCAGGAAAAUUUGUUUUUGUUUUUGUUACUAGGGAUUGAGUCCAGGGAUGUUUUACUACUGAGCUAUAUCUCCAGCCCUUUUAUUUUUUGUUUUGAGACAGGGUCUCACUAAGUUACUUAGGGCCUUGCUAAUGGCUGGUCUCAAUCUUGGGAUCCUCCUGUCUUAGCCUGUAAUGGAUUCUUAUGGACAGAGUAAAUAUUUGUUUGAUGAAGAAAACUUGGUUUCUUUUACAGUGUAAAGGUUUAGGUGGGCAUCUGCAUUGUUUCUUUAUAAUGAAUAUGAGAUCUUUUGUUGUUUAUUGGUUGGCCUUUCUUGGUACCCCAAUUGUCCUGUCCAUUGCAAAUGAAAGGCCAAUUUUUGUGAGUAUUCCAUGUGCAAUAAAAUAAUAUAGAAUCUCUCUUCGUUGGAAACAAGUCUACUGAGCAAAUAUUUUAGAAAGAAUUCUUUUUUAUUUUUUGGUUCUGGGGAUCAAACCUGCCGCGUCCGGCCAAGGGAGCCGAGUCCGGCGAGGGACGGCGAGGUUAAAAGACACACAGGACACCAAGGUUCUUCAUCCAGGAGUCAAUAAUCUUUAUUGCUAACACACCUUUUUUUAUACCCCAAGCAGCAGAAGUGGAAAACUACC